AUGCCGUGGUACCUCAGCACCUUCCGCGUAGGCUUCUGCGCUAUUUACGCAUACUUUGGGUAUACCCAGGUUCGCUGGUUGGUGGAGGCCGAGGAUCGCUAUCAUCGCUCGAGCACAUGGAAACCUGCUGUCGGAACGAUUUUUGACCACAAGGUGGUCAUGACCCGUGGCGGCUCGAGCUACGUGCAGUAUAAGUUCAGCGUCGAUGGAGUCGAAUACAUCGGUGACCGCUUCCGUAGCGGUGGGAUCCACAAGGAGGAGAUGGUGUCGAACCCGACCCUGCUCGGCGCCGGCACGCAGCUGGUCGUCUACUACAACCCCGCCGACCCCUCUGAGAGCGCCAUCAAGCUUCAGCCAGACCGCGCCGCGGAGUCGGUGUUCGUCAUCGGCUCCCUCCUUUCGUUCCUCAUCGCCUUUCGCGCGGUGCGCUGCGAGACCAUCUUGCCGAACAUGUUCUACCGCUUCCUGGGAGUGAACCGGCGCGUUGGCGGGAUUUCAGGACUUCGACAGGCUCGCCUGCACUCGAAGCAGCGCAUGAAGUACGGCAAACACUCUGGUACCCUCUAG